AUGGCGGCGGCACAGGACUACCCACUGCCCUCGCAAUCCUCCUCCCUUUCCUUCACCCAAGGCUUCCUCCUCGGUCAGCUCUCCAUCGCCCUCCUAAUAGUCUUCUUCAUCAAAUUCUUCAUCUUCGGUGAACUCCCCUCCGCCGACACGCGCGCGGAAACCUACGCGCUCGCCCGCCGCCAACGCACCCUCUCCCACGCCGCCCAGCAGCGCCAGCAACAGCUCCAGUACCAGCGCUCCCCCCAGAAGCGGCCCCGCUCCUCCUCCACCACCACCUCCGCCCUCCCCCGAAACCUCGCGCGCAAACCCUCGAGCCAUGUCCUGAGGAACCCGCCGCCUCUCACUACGGCGAGUAUACUGAGGAAGACGUUUUAUAAUACUUCGGGACACCAGCCAGAGAGUCUGGACUGGUUUAACGUGCUGGUGGCCCAAACGAUCGCUGGGCUGCGGCAGGACGCGAGCGCCGACGACGCGAUACUCACGUCCCUCACCACUGCUCUGAACGGUGAGAAGAGGCCGGAUUGGCUUGGCGAGAUACGCGUCACGGAGAUUGCGCUGGGGGAGGAGUUCCCGAUUUUCAGUAAUUGCAGAGUCAUUCCCGUGGAGGAUGGGGUGUUGGGGAGUGUGGGUGUGGGAGGGGAUAAGGAGGUGGGCGAAGGGGGCGGAGGGAGGGAAACGAGGUUGCAGGCGCGGAUGGAUGUCGAUUUGAGCGAUGUGAUUACGCUGGGGGUCGAGACGACUCUGGUGCUGAAUUAUCCGAAGCCCGUUGUUGCGGUACUGCCGGUUGCGCUGGCGGUGAGCGUUGUGCGGUUUAGCGGGACGCUCUCCCUCUCAUUCAUCCCCUCCCCACCCCCCUCCAGCCCCCCAUCGCGCCCCUCCUCCUCUUCCUCCUCCACCGCAAACCCGGCACCCCCAACCUCCCUCGCCUUCACCUUCCUCGACGACUACCGGCUCGACCUCAGCGUGCGCUCCUUGCUAGGCUCCCGCUCCCGCCUCCAAGACAUCCCCAAGAUCGCAGAACUGGUUGAAUCCCGCCUGCACGCCUGGUUCGACGAGCGCUGCGUCGAGCCGCGCUUCCAGCAGAUCGUGCUGCCGAGCCUAUGGCCACGGAAGCGGAACACGCGCGGGGGCGAAGAGGACGGAAGCGACGUUGCUGUUCCAGCCGCCGAGGCAUCGUCAGCACUAGGUGCAGGAGCAGAAGCAGAAGCAGAAUCAGGUGAUGAAGCCGCGGCCAGGGCAACCCGGGAAGCGCGACGCGAGGACAACAAUGACGACGAGGACGCCAGACCAGACAACCACAUAGCAUCCAGCAGGAAAUCGCGUCUAGCCCCUGACAACCUGCUCGAUUCCGACUCAGAUGUCCCCAGCAGUCUGGAAGCCCGCCUGGUGCGCGAUGGCGCACUCCUGCGCGAAGCCGAGGAGCGGGCAGGCGAACGGCCGCGCAGGGCCCCGGAACGAUUCAUGGAGCGCGAGGGCCUGAGCAGGCGAGGCAGCGAGAGAGGUUCGCUGGGCAUGGAUCUGCAUCGGCGGCCCGGGCUGGGGAGCAGGGAAAGUAGUUGGGGGCCGUGGAGGAGGAUGCCGGGGAGUUUGCCUGCGUGA